AUUAUUACAACACUAACUAUGGUUUUACCAUGACUGGUGGGUCUUUCUUGGCUUUGGCGCGCUUUUAGCGUUUGAACGUUCACGUAAGCUUUUUUUUAACAGCCAGUAUUUAAAUCAAAUUAUGUUCCAUUUUGAAUAAAAUGUGAAUCAAAUAAUCUACCUAGCAAUAGGUGGCGCUAAUGCACUUAUGUAUCAGAGACCUGCCGCUCUUAAAGUAAACGAGGAAGUCUCGGGAAACCCAAGACUAAAGGCAAAGGACUUUAUUAUCACAGGGUAACGUUGUGUCUUCAAAGCUGAGUUCUUCUCCAACUAUACAGCAGUUCUCCCACAGUGAAGCUUCACCAGUAAAUGCUGAAAUAUUUCCAUCAACCAAGAAGUGAAGCAAAGUUUUUGAGAGAACAGUGAGAACAUGAGUGAUUCAGGAUCCUGCACAAUAAAACAGGAAGAUACUGAAGAACAAAUAGACUUGUUAAAUGAGAAGACGGAGAUUGAAGAUCUGAUUAAAAGGGGAGAGAAACAUCAAAUCAAAACAGAAGAACACCUUCACAGUAUUUCAUCAAUAAGGAAAGACAACACAUGUUUCACAUGCCUUCAGAGUGCAAAGACUUUCUCAUGCAAGGAAAGUCUGAAUCUUCACAUGAAAAUCCAUAAAGAGGUGAAGCCACACACAUCUGAUCAACAUGAGAAGAUUUCCACAGGAGAAGUUAAAGAUAACAUGAAAGUCCACGCUGAGGAAACGGUGUACAAUUGUGAUCAGUGUGACAGGAUUUUCACAGAUAAGAGAAAUUUAGCCGCACACAUGAAAUUUCACAGCGGAGAGAAGCCCUUCAUGUGUGAUUUAUGUGGGAGGAGUUUUCUUUAUGCAAAUACAUUAAAAAAACACAGAAAUUUACACAGCGCUGUGAAGAAUCACGUCUGCUCCAAGUGUGGCAAGAGCUUUUUCACAUAUAGUUCGUUAAAAAUCCACCACACAGCUCACGCUACAGAAAAACCUUUCAAAUGUUCACACUGUGGCAAGGGGUUCAAAUCAUUACAGUGUCAACGAAUACAUGAGAUGAUCCACAGUGGAGAAAAGCCACACAAGUGCGAUCAGUGCGAGAAGACUUUCAGACAGAGAAAAAGUUUACAUUUACACAUGAGAAUCCACACUGGAGAGAAGCCGUACACGUGCGAUCAUUGUGGGAGGAGUUUCAGCAGAAAGGAAACCCUUAACAGUCACUUGAAAACCCACUCUGGGAAUAUGCUGUACACUUGUGCUGAGUGUGGGGAGGGUUUCAACAAUACAGGAGAUUUUACAGCACACAUGAAAACUCACUUUGGAGAGAACCCUUUCUUAUGUGAUCAAUGUGGGAAGGGUUUUCCUAAUAGGACUGCAUUAAAAAAACAUCAGAAUAUACACAAAGGUUUGAAGGAUCAUGUUUGCUCCAAGUGUGGCAAGACUUUUUUGACAAAUGCUAUUUUAAAAGCGCAUGAAAGACUUCACACUACAGAAACGCCUUAUAAAUGUUCACACUGUGACAAGGCAUUUAAGUUAUCGCAGUAUUUGAAAAUACACGAGAAGAUCCACACUGGAGAAAAGCCGUACUCCUGUGAUCCAUGUGGGAAGAGUUUCAGACAAAAACGAGAUCUAGAUGUACACAUUGAAAAACACACUGAAGAGAAGCCACACAAAUGUGAUCAGUGCGGGGCGGGUUUUGCCAGGAAGUUAAGUCUUGCUAAUCACAAGAAGAUCCACACCGGAGAGAACACAUGUGAUCAGUGUGGGAUGAGUUUUGCCAAAAAAAUAAGUCUUGAUAAUCACAUGAAAAUCCACACCAAACAGAAGUCUUUCACAUGUGAUCAUUGUGGGAUAAGUUUAGCCAGAAAGGAAAGUCUUGCUAAUCACAUAAAAAUCCACACCGGAGAGAAGCCGUUCAAAUGUGAUCGCUGCGAGGCGAGUUUUGCCAGAAAGCAAAGCCUUGUUAAUCACGUGAAAAUUCACACCGGAGAGAAUCUGUACAAAUGUGAUCAGUGUGGGAAAAGUUUCAGAAGAUAUAGUGUUUUUAAGGAUCAUCUGCUGACUCAUUCUAGAAAACGAAUCUAUAAAUGCGACCAGUGCGAAAAAAGCUUUUUUCGGCCAAGUUUUCUGAGGGACCACCGAAAAAUUCAUACAGAUGAGAGGCCAUACGUGUGUUAUUUGUGUGGGAGGAGUUUUCGUUAUACGAGUGGAUUAAAAUCACACCAGAAAAGGCACGGCGGUGUGAAGGAUCAUGCUUGCUCUGAGUGUGGGAAGACUUUCUUUUCAGUUAGUGCUCUAAAAUGUCACCAGUCAGUUCACACUACAGAAACGCCUUAUAAAUGUUCGUACUGCGACAAGAGAUUCAAACGGUUACAAUAUCUGAAAAUACACAAGAGGGUCCACACUGGAGAAAAGCCGUAUCCGUGUCAUUCGUGUGGGAAAAGGUUUACUUAUUCUACUACUCUGUACAGUCAUAAAAAAAGUUCAUGUCUGAGAGCAAAGUAGUUUCGAGUUCUGAUGCUGUAUUGUUAGUGCAAUAUGCACCAAUUUGAAGUAGUAAAUAAAACAAGGAAAUAAUUUCUG